CAAUAAAAAAAGUGUAAUUACUCUGUCAUCUAACCCAAUGGAUAGGAUUUGGCUCUGAUUUGUCUAGAGUUUCCAAAAUAUUCUUCACCAAAACCCCUUCUUCUUCUUCUUCUUCUUCUUCUUCUUCUUCUUCUUCUUCUUCUCCGAUGGGUGAUGUUCUGAGUCCCUUCACAAUCACAACCCCUCCUCCACCAUCUUCCCCAUCAAACGAGAACAACAGCAUGGUCAUACUAUACUAUGGUCUAGUGGUGGUGGGAACAGCAGCCAUAGUGUUAGCCAUCUACAACAUCAUCAUCAUCAAACGCUGCCACAACCGGCGCCACUCUAAUCAGCCACCACAGCCAAAUAGUUUGGUUGAAGGGGUCCCUGAUAGUGAAAGCAGGAGCUUUGACAACCCACAUAGGAACUUGCUUUCAAGCUUCAAGUACAAGAAGGAAGUGAUUUCAACAAAAGAUUUAGAGGAACAACAACAAGGUGGGGUUGCUGGUGGCGGCGGCGGCGGUGGUGGUGAUGAUUAUGAUUGUGAAUGCCCUGUUUGUUUAUCAGUUUAUGAAGAAGGGGAAGAGGUGAGGAAGCUGCCACGGUGCAAACACUCGUUCCAUGCUCCUUGCAUAGACAUGUGGCUUUACUCUCACUUUGAUUGCCCAAUUUGCAGAACACCGGUUGCUGUUGGUCCUAUGUGUCAUGGUUUUCCAGCAGAGGAUUCUCGUGGUGAAUCUGAUGGUGUCCCUGUUUGAUGAUUCUGGAAAUGUUGUGGGGCCUGUUGUGUUGCUUAUGGGAUGAGACAUUAAUUGAGUGUACCACAGCUAGCUUCAUCACCACACACUAGUCACUAGGUACUUUUGGAGUAAUCCAGGGUUUAGAUUAAGUUGGAUAAGAAAAUUGUUAGCUGUUGCUUAUAAUCCACAAGCACUUCAUUUCAUAUUAAGUGUAUGUAAGGAUUUUUUUUUGGAAAGAAAUACAUGUUAAUACGAUUUAA